CGUGGAAAUGUGACGCACCACUCGCAAAGGCACAAGGGAAGUGUUUAUAACAAGUUGGGACGCUCCAGCUGCACAAGAUGCACAACUGGCAGGAGAACGAAAUAGAGAAACUGUUGACGAUCCGUGCGUCGGAGCCGAUCCGUCACCUGAUCACGGGCACGGUGAAGGACUCGGUGGUCUACCAGAGGAUGAGCAAGCUGCUGGCGGAGAGGGGGGUCUACAGGACACACAUGCAGGUCAUCAGCAAGCUGAAGGCGCUGAGGAAGCAGUAUCUCAAAUAUCACCAGCUCAAGAUCCGCUGCGGGAGCGAACACGUUACCUGGCCGUUUUAUGAGCAGUGUCACCGGGCUUUCGGGACCGGGCCUCUGCCUGUGAAGAGACCCAGGAGUCCCUCACCUCCUCCCGCACGACCACCGCCCCCACAGCAGCUCUCUCCUCCUUCACCGCCGCAUCCGCCUCCUCCUCUUCCCAUCGACGACGAGCAUCAUGAGGUCGUGGUCGGCCUCUGGGACGACGUGGACGACAAAGAGAUCAACAAGCACCUUGGUCCAGUAGAGCCGGAUGAUGACGACGGGAGGUACAGUCCUCCAGAGCAGUUACAGCCCACCAACACCACGUUCAAGCUUCCGUCAAAGAGAAGGAAAACCUCAGUGAUGGACCAAGUGUCGUCUUUAGUCAGAACGACAGUAUCGCAGCUCAAGGAGAUGGACGCGUCGAUGCAGGCGCAGGAGGAAGGACGGCUACAGAGGCUCAUGGAGCACGAGAAGGAAAUGCAGAACAAUCUGAUGUGUCAGCUGGUUUCCAUGCAUGAAAGGAUCAGCCGAGAGAACCACGAGAGACACGUGGAGCUGGUGGACAGGAUUCUCUCUAGGCUCCCCUCACAGCCAGGCCCUUCAGGUCAAUGACUGACACUUCCUGAGUGACAGUAUACAACAGGGUUUUUCAGGUUCUCUCUCCUCUACCAGCUGACUAGUGCCUAAGCCCACAUUCCUUUUUUUUUAUCUUUUGACAAAACACUCUGAAAAGGUGACGUGUAAUUCUCUGACAUCAUCUUGCCUUUAACCAUGACUCUGCUCACUUGUAGCCGAUAGAAAACCAGGUUUGAAACAUGCCAUGUCUUCUCUACAUCAUGCUCGGUCACUGCUCAUAACUUUAACCUAGAAACAUUUAAUUGGGAACUGUUGACAUGCGGAAAAGAAACACAAGUGCAGAGAAACGAUCAAUCACUUGUUUGAGCUCUGCACGAUAGUCACAGUAGACCCACCAGGUCACUUCUGAUAUUAAUAUCUAAGAGCUAAUUGUUAGCUGCACUUACGUACAGACUGAAUUGUUGGUACCAUGAUUACAUUACAACCAAUGUGUUGGCAUAUUUUGUUUUCUUCACCACUUUCCAGUUUAUACCCAACAAGACUACAAACAAAACGUACCCACAGAUUCAGUGUUUAUCUGCAGAAUCUGUUGAUUGAUUUGAUAAGAUUAUAAAGUUAUGGAUCUAUGUUACAUUUAUAAUUAUGUGGAGGUUAUCAAAACAUGCGAUUUAUAGACAUUUUAAGGUAAAAUGGUAAAUGGAUUUGAGCUUGUCAGGCACUUUUCUAAUCUUCUGGCAACUCAAAGAGCUUUUAAUCCACAUGUCACACCUUCACAUUCACACACUGAUGGCAGAGGCUGCUGUGUACAGUGUCCAUCAGAAGUAACUAAUCCCAUUCAUACUCUGCCAGCAGCGGGAGAAAUUCAUGGUUAAGUGUCUUGCCCAAGAACACAGCGGCCAUUAUGCAGCAGGAGCUGGGGAUCAAAUCCCCAACUUUCCUCUUCCUCCUCCACCGACUUAUUUUGUGUUUUAAAUAUGUGACUUACAUCAAUUUAAGUCACAAGGGUUCAAAAUGUCAUGGGCCAUUAUCAGUACCAUGGGCAUCGGGUCUGGAUGCAUUAGUCCAGCCAGGAAACAUAUUUAUGGUUUACUAGAUUUAUUUCUUCAAAUUCAGUUUAAAAGGGUUCAAAAACACCAACAUACAUGGGAUGUUUCAAACAUCUGAAAGACAAGGAAAAGAAUAUUAGCUCAAUAAACAAAUAGUCAAAUUAGAUUUACUUUCUGCUGGAAGUAAGGAUAAAUCAUUUAAAGUGGACUAGAUCAUUGGUUCUUAACUGGUGGGUCAGGACCCAAAAGUGGGUUGUGGGUCCAAAAGUCUAUCUAUUAGUUAAUCUGUUUUGCGCACUACUGUUCAUUAAUCAAAUCUCAUUGGUUGAAAAAUAUCAGAAAUUAAAGUCACAAUUUCUCAUUAAGGAGUUGGUGGUGGGUCCUGAGGCUGGACAAGUUGAGGACUAGUUACUAACUCAUAGAGUACAAACACCCACCUUACCAGUUCUGAGCUGCCUCCCCAUGUGAGGUUCCAAGUCUUUAAAUGAGCAGUGAUCAGCUGAACUCAAUCUAACUAACGAGUGACAGAGUGCAAACAGCAACCAAUGAAGGGGAAGGGACAAACCAGGAAGUGCAUUAAAGGAAGUGAAAGGAAUCAAAAUAGUGGUCUUUAUACUACAAUGUCUUUCAGUACUGUACCCCAACUGAGCAUGUCGGCACGAGCAGUAAACCAAACUGUAGCAAACUGUGAACAGUGUCAAGAGCAGCAGAUGUUUAUUUGAUGUCUUAACGUUUUCAGGCAGUUGUUUUCAUGUGGACUCUUUCUCUGUUGUUGGAUCUUAUGUGUGUGACUUCAGUGAGAACAGUUACUGGACGGGGUUAGUGUUCAAAGUUAAAGAAAGUGUUUCUGUGUUAACACUGAUGUAAAUAUUAUUUGAGUCAUAAAAGUUGUAUGUGGAUGAAAAUUGUAAAAACCACAAAAAAACAACUGAUACAGUAAAUAUAUUUAAUUUAUUUAAAAUAUCCGUUCACAGAUACUGUACAGAAACAAGAAGAAAUACAGCGGCUCACUUUUACAAGGAGGAUUUCUAAAAAGGUAUUUGCAAUAAGUUGAUGAUCUCGGUGUCAUUCUUGGCUGACACGAAAUUCCCGGUUGCGUUUUUUUAUUGUCAGCAAUCCGGGAGAAAACGUGUCAUUGAGGAAAAACACCAGAAAAAAAAAGACAACACUUCUGUCCUUACACUCCAGGAUAUCCUGUUUAAACUCGCCACACAGCACUUCAAUCAGUUGGUUUCAUUUUGCCUAUUGAUUUCAGAGAAACAAAACUGAUAAUGCACCUCGAAUGGAUCUUCUGAAUUGGUGUUUUUUUUUUUAUGAUCACAUCAGAUUCUUAAGUUUCUUCUUUCACAUUGUGUUUGAUAUUUAUGGCUCAGUCAGCUGGGAUGUGUAUAUUCACUGUAGAUAACUUUUAUACCGUCUUUAACUUCUCUCAAGUGUUUGACUGUUUUUAUUGUUUAUGAAGCAAAGUUUUCAACUGACAAUUAUGAACCCAUUUUCAGAAAUAAAUGCUAUCUGAGUAAAAGAAAUAAGUGAAGUGUGGUAGGAAGGAG